CACCAUAUAUUUGUCAUACUUACCGUAGACUUCCAAUCCCAUGGCUGUGGCAUUUGUAAUGCCCCCUCUCGCAUCGGACGUAUGAAGGCGCUUUUAGUUCGUUGAUAAUAUUCAGGCUAAAUAACUCGCCUCGGGUUAUACUAGCGCCAUGAAGACAUGAAUGGCUGGGUCAAGAUGUGGUUUCUGGCCCUGUGGUAUAUAUAGGUCUUAUUGGCUUAAUACUUGUGUUCAACUUCACCGCUGGCAUCGUUGAUCAGUAGAAUAGAAUUGGACUCACUCAAACCGAAACCAAACAAACACAAGAACAAUAUGGACCGCGAAUACAAGCAUCUUACCAAGGAGCAAGUGGAGAACUUUAUGAAAUAUGGCUUCCUCCGCCUGGAAAACUGCUUCUCCGUUGAGAAAGCUCAGGACUGGACCGAGACCGUAUGGCAGCGACUCGGCAUGGAUCCAAACGACAAGUCAACCUGGACUACCGAACGCAUCAACAUGCCCAUGCAUAGGACAGAAGGCGUCCAAACUUUUGCACCUAAGGCAUGGAAUGCUAUGUGUGAGCUACUGGGUGGGGAAGACCGAAUUGCGGAGGGGUCCGCAGAUUGGGGCGAUGGCCUUAUUGUUAACCUAGGCACACCCGAGUGGGAGGGGAAGUUCCCCCAUCCCAAGGAGCUCGAUGGCUGGCAUGUCGACGGUGAUUUCUUCGUGCAUUACCUGGAUUCCAAAGAACAGGGGCUGCUUGUCAUUCCUCUCUUCACGGACAUCAAGGAUAACGGCGGUGGAACUAUGAUAUGUCCCGAUGCGAUUCCUCUGAUCGCAAACCACUUGUACACUCAUCCUGAUGGAGUUUCACCUCGAAUGGUACCCCGAGGCGAGGAGCCAAAACAUAAUGACCUUGGCUGGUAUUCCGAAGUUGUGAAUCAGUGCGACGAUUUCCGCGAGAUGACUGGGUCGAUUGGUGACGUGGUACUGAUGCAUCCACUUAUGGUGCACUCGGCAUCGCGGAACAGUUUACGCAUACCGCGUAUGAUUACGAAUCCCCCAGUUUCGCUGAAGGAGCACUUCAACUUUGACAGGGAAAAUCCCAAGGAUUACAGCCUGGUUGAGCUGAAGACCCUGCGAUCCCUUGGGAAGGAUAAACUGGAAGGAUGGAAAGCUACGGGUCCCAGGGAAGCAGUUAUUCCAGAGCGUCUGAAGAAUCAAGAGAGAAUGAAGAAACUUGAACUGGAGAGACUGAAGCAGAACCCACAGGCCGUUACCGUGUAGUAUUUAGUUACCUUGCACCAAC